AUGUCGAGCAGCAGGCCCAAACACCCCCAGCCAGCUGGUCUACUCAUGAGUAAAACCCUCCAGAAACAGCUACUUUAUCUAGAGAUCUUCCUCCUUGAACUUGCAUCUAUAGCAGCUAUUUCAUCAGGCUGAGAGGGAGAGGGAUGAAAUGGCAAGGUCUCUCCAUGGCAUCUGCUGAAAAACGAGCAACUUUUUGGCUUCUUUCUAUUCCUGCUGUUACCUGCAAGAGUUUGUUACUAAGAAUUCGUGCCUGAGCUUGUUCUUUCUCCCUUCUCCCUCCCAGUCCCUUUUUCCUUUUGUGUUGUGAGCCUGAGGGAAGGGACUGUCUUUUUUCACUGAUCUUUUAAGCCGCUGUGGGAGCCUUUGUGUGGCAGAAGAGUGGGACAACCACAACCACCACCACCGCAACAACAACAACAUAGCUGGGCCAGACCCCAAUGUUCCUUAGGAUGUCUUCUCUCGGAACUAUGCUUUUUAAAGAUUACAAAACCUAGAAGUGGGCUUUAAGCAGGGAGGAUGCCAACUACAAAGAAAUGAAUAUUGUUCCAGGUUAAUGCUAGGAUUUAUUGUGGAGAAACCAGUUUGUCCAGCCUUAAGGGACUUUACAAAAGAAAUUAGGUUCAAACAAAAUACCAUUCUGUCCCAUUUGGAAACACCUGUAUAACUGCAAUGGUUUUAUUUGGGUUUGUUUUAACAUGGAAUAUUCACAGAAUCACAGAAUUGUAGAGUUGGAAGGGGCUGCGGGGAUCACAUAGCCCAAUUACUAAUUAAUUAUUAUUUAAUUAUUAAUAAUUAAUAAACUAAUUAUUAAUUAUUAUUUAAUUACUACUAAUAAUGGUUGUUGUUGUGACCUGCCCUGGGACCUCAUAGUGAAGGUCGGUUAAGAAACCCCUUAAAAAGAAUUAUUCGACAUCAACUGUGUUUGCCUUUCUUUCAACGAGCAAUCUGCCCGAAGUGUGGCAGCAGCGAGCAAGCGAAAGGCUGCGCGCUCUGGGGCCGCCGCCGAAGCGCUUGGACGAGAGAAAGUUGGGACAAAGAAAGCGAAAGCGAGAAAGCAGCCCCGCCACGUCGGAAGCUGUUCGAUUACCCCGAUCUCGGCCUCCGCGAAGUUCAGCGAGCAGCAGCAGCAGCACCGCCCAGGGCGAGAGGAGGAGGAGGAGGAGCAGGGAGGGGAGACACUUACGCCGUUGCCUACAGUUUGUUGGACGGACUUGGCGGAGGCAACUUGGCUGAUCUCGAUCCCUCGACGGCGCCACUCGCCCCGCGCCAAGAGGAAGGGGCCGUCCCUGCCUGCCUUGGGGGAAGAGGCUGGCCCGCCCAGGCACUUGUUGCAGAGGAGGACGGACUAGUCCGGUGGAGUUUCCUUGGCCGCCUCCCUGGCUCUGCGCGGAGUCCCCCGAGGAAAAAGCCAAGGUCAGUGAACUCUGGACUGCUUCGCGGUGGGAUUCAGUCGCAUGCCUGCCAAUACAGCUUGCGCAAUCAUAGGGCAUAAGAAGAUGUAGGAUCAGGCCAGUGGCCCAUCCAGCAUCCUGUUCUCGCAGACGUCUGCACCAAAUCUUCCAAAAUUCAGCAUCCUUGGAUGUUCACGGGGGUCUAGGUAAAGGUAAAGGUAAAGGUAAAGGGACCCCUGACCAUUAGGUCCAGUGGUGGCCGACUCUGGGGUUGCGGUGCUCAUCUUGCUUUACUGGCCGAGGGAGCCUGCGUACAGCUUCCAGGUCAUGUGGCCAGCAUGACUAAGCCGCUUCUGGCGAACCAGAGCAGCACACGGAAACGCCGUUUACCUUCCCACCGGAGCAGUACCUAUUUAUCUACUUGCACUUUGACGUGCUUUCGAAUUGUUAGGUUGACAGGAGCUGGGACCGAGCAACGGGAGCUCACCCUGUCGCAGGGAUUCGAACCGCCGACCUUCUGAUCGGCAAGUCCUAGGCUCUGUGGUUUAACCCACAGUGCCACCCGCGUCCAUGGGGGUCUAGUGGGAUGGGAAAAGGAGGAAAGCUUGUCUAUGUCCACACAGAGCACACAGAUCCACAGAGGACUGUAGAACAUCAAAGCUGUUUUAUCGCAAAGCAGACCAAUGGUCCAUCUAGCCCAGUGUUGUCUUCACCGACUGGCAGCAGCUCUCCAGGGUUUCUGUCAGGCAGGAGCAGGCAUAGGCAAACUCGGUCCUCCAGAUGUUUUGGGACUACAACUCCCAUCGUCCCUGACCCCUGGUCCUGUUAGCUAGGGAUGAUGGGAGUUGUAGUCCUAAAACAUUUGAAGGGCCGAGUUUGCAUAUGUCUGGGCAGGAGGUUAUUCCAAAGUUUUGCAGGAAGCGAAGUGAUGGGGAAGUGCUCUUGGACAGUGUGAGAGAACACUUACAAUCGUGGAACUGUAGAGUUGGAAAGGACCCCGAGGGCCAUCUAGUCCAACCCCCUGCAAUGCACUCGUUUUGACACAGUGUCCCCUAAGUGCAAUGAACCGGUUGCCUGGAAAUCCCUGCUCUGUGUUAUGAUGGAAGCUGAGCUGCAAAGGGUUGCUUCCAGCAAAGUUUUAUCGAAAGCGGUCCCAUUGAACUAGCCGUGCCCAUUGAUUUCAAUGGGUCUACUCGGUUUAGGAUGACCAGUGGACACCAUUGCAAGCAUCUUUAAAAGGUGGACUCUCGAUCAUUGGAGGUAUUUAAGCAGAGAUGGGAUGACCAUCUGUCGGGGAUUUGUUAGCUGGGCUUUCUUCAUUGCAGGGGGUUGAACAAGAUGACCAUUGGCAUUCCCUUCCAUUUCUACAAUUUUGUGAUUCUUUGGGCAGGGGGGCCUUGGUGGAGAGGGUGGCGUCUGCUCUGCUCCAAUGUGAUUGCACCACGAUUGUUCGAGAGAUUUCAGUCAGGUAAUUUGGAUGGCUUGGCUUUGCUCCAUCCCCUGCCCCUGCUCAAUAUCGUGUACCUUACUUUGCUUACAUAAAAGCAUUUCCCACGUGAUGCAGGGCGAUAUUGUGAAACUCUCUUUGACUCUCUCAUUUCCUUCUGUUUAUUUAGCCGUUUAUUUAGCUGUCUAUUUAGCCUUGUAUACUUUGUUAGCCACGGGACGCGGGUGGCGCUGUGGGUUAAACCACAGAGCCUAGGACUUGCCGAUCAGAAGGUUGGCUCUGUGACGGGGUGAGCUCCCGUUGCUCGGUCCCUGCUCCUGCCAACCUAGCAGUUCGAAAGCACAUCAAAGUGCAAGUAGAUCAAUAGGUGCCGCUCCGGCGAGAAGGUAAACAGCGUUUCCGUGUGCUGCUCUGGUUCACCAGAAGUGGCUUAGUCAUGCUGGCCACAUGGCCCGGAAGCUGUCUGCGGACAAACGCCAGCUCCCUCGGCCUAUAGAGCAAGAUGAGCGCGCAACCCCAGAGUCGGUUUACGACUGGACCUAAUGGUCAGGGGUCCCUUUACCUUUACUGUACUUUGUUAGCCAAGGACCCUCAGAAAAUCGGGAGUCAGCUCCUCCUCUCUUCUUUGUACAUAUAUGAGACAUUUGCAGCAUGUGAAAACAGGGCGUCCUGCACAAACAUCACUCAUCCAUUUUGCAGGGUGGAGUUUGGGAGAUGAGCUAAUCGAUUUGGGAAGGACGGCAGCUCAGGAGUAGAGCAUCUGCUUUGCGUGCUGAACGCCCCUCGUUCAAUCCUUGACAUCUCCACAUAGGGCUGAGAACAUCCCUUGAGAGCUGCUGGCAGUCUGUGUAGACAACACUGAGCUAGAUGGACUCAAUAUAAGUCGGUUUCCUGUGUUUGGGAUCCAUAAGGUUGUGGCUCUGCUGCUAUAUUGACUGCAUUGAGGCUUACAGAAUCUUCAGGGUUUUUAUGCUUUAAAAACAUGUCACUGCAGAGAGAUCAAGCUGGUUGAUGCCCUCAAGCUGCCAUGAAGACCUUGCUUCGAUGCUUCUGGAGCCUGCGGCCGCCUCCUUGCACUCUCUUUCGCCAAGCCAAGAGACACCUGACCUCUCCGAUCAUCUCCCAUUACGAAGCUAUAAACCAUGGUGAACUGGAUGUGCCUGAGUACUUUAAUUUUGCCAGGGAUGUUCUGGACAGGUGGACCCAAGAGGAAAAGGUAGGGGUUUGGUUGUUUGGGGGAACAGGUAGGAAAACCGGGUGUUAAUAGUACUGUGGUGCUGCACUUGGUCUCCCUGGAGCACAGAGGAACCUGAGACUUUAUUUUUUUAAAUAAAAAUUAAAAUUAAACAAUAGUAACUUUUAUAUACUUCACAAAGUUUAUACACCUCUUGAUUGUAACAACUACCACCACCAGCACCACAACAACCCCCAAAGAGGUGUAUAAAACAGAUCAAACAAAUUAUCAAUAAGAAUGAACAACCAUAACUUGGGUUUUUUGAAAUUUUGAAAUAGCAAUAGACUACUAAAAACCGAUUAAGACUUGCAUCAAGAACAAAUGCUUCAAUAAUGCACAAGAAUAAAGAAAAACAAUGCAACUGAAUGAUUUUUUUAAAAGAAUAUAUAUAUAUAUUUGGGUUGUUUCAUUUACAUUCCCUGGAGGGAAAUAUUUUGAUUAGCAUUGCUGGUGUUUGAGGGUAGUAAUAUUUUUUUAAAGCGUUUCUUUUAUUCAUAAAUAUCAGGAUGCCUUCAAAGUCUUACCAUAUUCUCAUUUAAAGAGGAGAAGUUACUAAGUAUUCCACAUAGCAACAUAUUUCACAGGAGGCAUUUGAAACAUCAAUAAUAUACAAAAUAAUUUUUUGUAACAUGGUUGAAAGCAAAGCAUAGAGGCCGGUGGCUUCGUUCAGGGAUGUGUUCCCCAAACUGCAAGAUGCAGGGUAAUCUUGGAUUCGACCCUCCCAGACUGCCUGAUUCUUGUGUCAGGAGCAUCCUCCUCCAAAAUGCCUGCUUCUUCUUCUUCUUCUUCUUUGGCGAUCACUCGUAGCCGAGUAAGAUUGUCUUCCAUAAACACUGUUUUAACAAUGAGUCCAUAAGUGACUGUGGAGGACAAUUCUGGAUCCACACAUCCUUCCACAGUGGGGACAUUGGAUUCCGGGCAGGAGUUGAUCAAGGUGUGGAUUUGCCAAAUGUGCCUUCCUCCUAGCACAUUUCUCCCUUGUGUCCUGAGUUUGAGUGUCUUCAAAGCCCAUGACACCUUUGGUAAAGGCUGUUCUCCAACUGGAGCGCUUGCAGUCCAGUGUUUCCCAGUUGUCAGUGUUUAUACUACAUUUUUUUUAGAUUUGCCUUGAGAGAGUCUUUAAACCUAUUUUGGUGACCACUAGCAUUACGCUUUCCAUUUUUAAGUUCGGAAUAGAGUAGUUGCUUUGGAAGACGAUCAUCAGGCAUCAGCGCAACAUGACCAGUCCAACAAAGCUGAUGUUGAAGAAUCAUUGCUUCAACACUGGUUGAAGCCCCUUGCCUUAAUCGCCGUUUGUUCCCUCUGCUGACUUCAGCUGUAGCUCAGUGAUUAAGCGUUACAUGCAGAAGGCCUCAGGUUCAGACAGACCUCCAUCUGAAUCCCUGUAGAGCUUCUGACAGUUGCUGCAGCACAAUAUUGAGACAGAUGGACCAAUGGUCUGACUCUGCCUGAGGCGGCUUCCUGUGUUCCUUCUCUCAAACAUAGGUGGGGGAAGGCCACUUAAGGGAAGGGCUCUAGCUCAGUGAUACUACCUCUGCACACAGAAAGUCCUGCGUCCGAUUCCCGGCAUCUCCAGUUAGGGCUAGGAGGGUCCCCUGCCUGAAAACCCGGACAGCUCCUGCUGAUCAGUGUAGAGAAAACCAGAAUAGAUGUACCAAUGGACUGGCUCUUUCUAAGGCAUCUUGCAUUCCUAUGAUGUAGGCCUGCGACAUAAAAAUAUAUGGAGGUAGGCUGCAGCUGAGGAAAUAACCCGCAAAGUAAUGGCGCUGACAGGAAUAGAGAAAAAUGGUUGCUUUUUUCAGCUACCUGACAUGAAGGACAUGAAGUUGUUUUAAAUUUUGCUUUUAAUGCUAUAACCCAUCCUAGGACCUUAGGGUCAAGGGAGAGUAAUAAAUGAUUUAUUGUAAUAAUGAUGAUGAUUACAACAACAACAACAACAACAUUAAUACUUACCUGACUGCUGGCAAGAUUGCCAGGGGUGUUGAUGCCUGCUGAUGUUCAUUGCUUGUCUUUAGCUGUCUAGUUAUAUUUUGUUGUACAUCCUUGAAAAUUAGUAAAAAAUACUUUGGAAACAGCAGCACAGAAGCAAGAUCCUGGCACUAGGUAUCACGUGCAUACAGACACACCCACACACCCACCACUGCUUUCCUUUUUCUUUGCCUAUUUAAAAAAAAUGAAGCAUUCCCCAUAAUACAGUAAGAUUACAACUACAGAAAAUACAAAUCAAAUAAGUAAAAUAUGGAGUCCUCUCUUAAAAGUAAUUCUCGGCCCUUACCACUCACAGAAAACAGUAGCUCCUGCUCCUCCCAGCUCUGACCUGGGAUAGUUCCAUUCUCCUCCAAGUCCUAGAGACUCGAUAUUUCCAUAUCUCUCACCGAAGGUCCUCCAUCGGCCGCAACUGACCACACACUGCUAUAUGAUUCAUACAUAUAAAAUGGCUCUGUGGAUUAGGUUGUUAAUCACGUCUUCUCUGCUAGGAUGGAAAGAGGCCUCCGAACCCAGCGUUCUGGUGGGUGGACGACCAGAGCAAAGAGGUGAAGUGGAGCUUUGAGGAGCUGGGAGUCUUAUCCCGGAAAGCUGCCAACAUGCUGGCCGAUCCCUGCGGCUUGCAGAAAGGCGACAGGGUCAUGGUGGUUCUUCCAAAGCUUCCCGAAUGGUGGCUGAUGAAUGUGGCUUGUAUCCGGACAGGUCAGUCAAGAUUCGGGGAAAGAAAAGAGAGGGCCCCCCUCCCCAGAAAAAGUGCUGUCUUGCCCAGUGAGAAGAUUUAGCAGUAGACAAAUAUUCUCCACUAACAGCUUGACAAAAAAACAGCAACACAAUUUGCGGAAAAAUUGGGAGGAAAGGGCAUGCGUUGCAGGGAUCUCAGCUAAAGAAUCCAUGACAUUAAUGAGUACUCUUUGGGUUUGGUCAGACAACCAGCUACAGAUCCACCUAACAAUUUACAUUCGUUCAAUCCCACAUUUUACCAGCUUCCUUGAAAAAAUACCAUGGGGAACAUUGUCAAAAGCAGGCAUCCCCAAACUCAGCCCUCUAGCUGUUUUGGAACUACAACUCCCAUCAUCCCUAGCUAAUAGGACCAGUGGACAGGGAUGAUGGGAAUUGUAGUCCCAAAACAGCUGGAGGGCCGAGUUUGGGGAUGCCUGGUCAAAAGCAUUACCGAAAUCAAGAUUUCACUUUUAAAAUAAAUUACUGUGUGGGAGGGAGAAGAAGCUGCAGAAGCGAUGAAACCCAUGUUCCUGGCUAGCUUCAGAUGUCUGCAUUUUUUAGAACGGAUAAGUAUUUUAUUUAUUUAUUUAUUCACUGCAGGGGUGGGGAACCUCAGGCUUGGGAGGCAAACAUGGCCCUCUAAGCCUCUCUAUCUGGCCCCAGGAAUUCUCCCUGGCCACACCCCUGGAUGUGUCCUUGAACUCCCAUGAUGCCUCUUGCUUGUCUGGAAAGAGGAUCUAGAAGGGUGUGAGAAGGUGUGGAGUUUGCAGGUUUUGCUCUUCCCACUUAAGCCCUUGGCCACACCCACCAAUGUCAGGUGUCCCUCAGAAAGCUGUCCAGACAGGAAUGUGACUCUUUGGCUGAAAAUGGUCCCCUAUACCUGCUUUGCAGGGUCUAAGUUGCCCCUCUUCCUCCUAGGAAUGCUGGGACUCAAAAAAUUGUUCCCCCGCCAUUUUCUCCACAUGUGAGGAAGGUUAGCCUCAGAGAUAGUGACUGGCCCAAUGAGUUUGACAGCUUACUGGGAAUUUUUACCUCAGUCUCCCCAGAGGUAGUCCAACAGUCUAGCCCAGGAAUGGGGAACCUUUGGGCCCUCAGGCAUUGCUGAACUACAACUCCCAUCAGCCCCUAACAGCUAAAAUAAGAGAACCCAAUGAUGAUUGAUUUGUGGAAGAGUGGAAGCCUCUUUUGGAUUAUUGAAAUAAAUAUUAUAGUAUGAUAAAUUCAUGAUCAGGAUUUGAACUAUGUGGAACAGAAGGAAUUAAAGAUUAUUGUAUUGUUGUUAUGAUAUAAGAGAGAGGAGAUAAGGUGCAGCAUAGGGGAGAAAUAAUAAUAAUAAAAACACCAUGGAAAACAGGGUGGGAAGCCAAUAAAACAAAAGAAAAAUUCAUUAUGUAUUGGAGUGUAUAUUAAAUUUUUGAAAUUUAAUAAAAUAUAAAUGAAUAAAACAGCAACUCCCCCCAGUCCUGGACAUUGACCAUACUGCUUGGGGCUGACAGAACAUCUGAAGGACCCAAAGUUCUCCAUAGCUGCUCUAACCACUACACCACCUUAGAAUGAGACACCACUGUGUGUGCAGCCUUCCCAAGCAUGGAGACUUUCUGGGUUUCCUGCUCACGACAUUCUCUGCUUCUUUUCUAGGCAUUGUUUUCAUCCCAGGGACGCCCCAGUUAACUGCCAAAGACAUCUCCUACAGGCUCCAGGCUUCCAAAGCCAAAUGCAUCGUGGUCAGCGACACGUUGGCCCCUGCAGUGGACUCAGUCCUGUCUGAAUGCAAGUCUCUGAAAACCAAGCUUCUUGUUUCCGACAGCAGCAGAGAUGGCUGGAUGAACUUCAGGGAUCUCGUCCAGUAAGCAUUGCAACAGACAUGAAUCGAUAGCAGUAGAGAUAUUAUUUAGAUCAGUGGUCUUCAGCUGGUCCAGAUUAAUACCCAGGUCUGACUUCCCAAGCUGCAACAUGGGAUCCGUUUUCACUUUUAAUUUAUACUUAAUAGCAGAGCUGGACCACCCAUCAGACUGGGUGAGGCAUCUGCGUCAGGCAGCAACCCCCAAGGGGUGGCGUGCCUUUUCUGCCACCAGUCUCCCUGGGCUCUAGAGGCAGAGAGGAGCUGGCAGCAGAGCUCUCCUCCUGCCGAGUUGGUGAGAGGGGAGGCAUUCAGCCACUGGGAGAGCAGGGUUCGAAUCCCCAUUCAGCCAUGAAGCUCAGAGGGUGACCUUGAGCUAGCUACCUGUUAUGUACUGAAGUUCUCACCCUGGGCCAGCAGGGGGAUACUGUAGAUAGUUAUGCAAAUAAGGGAUCGAAAGUGACGUUCAGUGAUUGGAUAGUUUUAGAAAACUGUUACAGUUACGUUGUACUGGAGCUCUAUAUAAGCAGGCUGACUGAACCCGUCAGUUCAGUUCUGUCCUGGCCUGUGAAUAAACAAGAGCUGUUUGAAGAAUCGCUGUGUCGUCUGAUAUGUUCACCCACAACUUAACACUACCGUCUCUUAGCAUAACCUACCUCACAGGUUGUUGUGAGGAUGAAAUGGAGAGGAGGAGAACCAUGUACACCACCUUGAGAUCCUUGGAAGAUAAAGGUGGUACAUAAAUUUUAUUAUUAAUAAUAAUAAUAAUAAUAAUAAUAAUAAUAAUAAUAAUUUGAAAGUAGUACCAUAGUUCUUUCAGCCUAUGGUGUGAAUGUGGCCAAUGACCCAUUGGAUUUCUGCCAAGGGUUACCAAAUGGGUGCAGGAUUCCAGCUGCUAGGUUCUGCUCAUGAUGUGUGUGGCUGCUGUGGAAGGGGAAAGUGUUGCCUGCCAAUGCCAUGCGAUGUGAUUGCUUUUUAAGAUCAGCGCCUGCCGACCACGACUGCGCAAAGACCAAGAGCGAGGACACAAUGGCCAUUUACUUUACAAGCGGAACCACGGGAGCUCCCAAAAUGGUGGAACAUUCCCACUGCUGCCACGGCAUUGGAUUGAUAACUGCCGCCAGGUAAAGCUUAAAAAGGGCUAUGGUAGCAAAAGCAGGGAAUGGAUGAGUCAUGGCAUUCUGGAUUGGGCCUUUCUUUGGGGAUCCUCUAAUGACAGGUGUGGGGAAUAGGAUGGGGCUACUGAGCUAUAUUCUAAGCCCUUCCCCUGGUCAGUAGGGAUGGAGGAAGAAUACGAUUUGGCUUACUUUUGAAGGAUCUACAUUGGUAUCUUCUCAACAUUAUUAAAUGGAGUGUUUUGUAAUGCUUAGUGGCAGUUUUCCGUUGUCGGUGGCUCGCUGCUCUACAGUUCACCACCUGUAUGGACUUUGCACUUUUUAGCCGACUCACCUUCUGCCUCCUUCAGCCUGAUUUGCAGCACUUUUGCUGAGUCAUUCUGUAACCUGCUUCCCAGAAUCCUGAUGCCCUGAGUCAGCAACUAGUUCCACGUCUUCUGCUCCUUUUCCACUUACAUAGGCGCUGCAUGGAUUUGUCUCCUUCGGCUAUAUUCUGGAAUACGUCGGACCCAGGAUGGAUUAAGACGACCUGGAGUGGUGUUUUCGGUCCGUGGCUCAAUGGGUCGUGCGUCUUUGUACAUCGCCUGCCGCAAUUCGAACCCGCCAUCGUACUGAACGUAAGCGUGCAGGGCAUUGCAGUGCCCUUGAUGAUGGUUCAGAAACUUCAGUUGACCCUAAAUGCAGCAACCGAGUUACUGAUUGUGGUUCUGCUUGGAGCUUGUACAGUGGUACCUUGACUAAAUUCCAGUCUAUUAUAAAUCCGUUUUGGACUAAGUCCAAUUGCAACCCGGAAAUGAGUGCUCCGGGUUGAGUCAUUUUUUAUAUAUAAGUCGGGCCCUGCUGCUGUUUUAGGGGUCGCUUUCCAUCAUCUGGUUCCCAUUGAGGGUGUUUCAUUUGUUAAUUGAGUCCCUCGCUGCUAAUCAGAGGCUUCCUGUUGAGUCUGCCAGCUGUUGACUCCUGAGCACCCACGGAACACAGUGAUAUUUGGAGGUUUUGUUUUUGCUAUUUUUUUUGUGUUUUGGUUUGUGUGGCUUUUUCGGGUUUUUGACUGUGACUUCGUUUUAUGGGACUGACCUGUGACUGUGGCUUGUGACUUCGUUUUUGUGACUUGUCUUUGUGACUGUGUGGAACCCAGUUCAGCUACUGGUUGAUUGUGUGACUGUAGAAAUGGAUAAAAGCCCCCCAUCCAAACAAUGACUAUCAUCAUGUUAUUCCCCCCCCCCCCAUCAUACACUGGUACCUCUGGUUACAUACGCUUCAGGUUACAGACUCCGCUAACCCAGAAAUAGUGCUUCAGGUUAAGAACUUUGCUUCAGGAUAAGAACAGAAAUUGUGCUUCGGCGGCGCGGUGGCAGCAGGAGGCCCCAUUAGCUAAAGUGGUGCUUCAGGUUAAGAACAGUUUCAGGUUAAGAACGGACCUCCGGAAUGAAUUAAGUACUUAACCCAAGGUACCACUGUAUUUAUUUUAUAGUACAGUACAUUGAUUAUUGGGGGACGCGGGUGGUGCUGUGGGUAAAACCUCAGUGCCUAGGACUUGCCGAUCGUAUGGUCGGCAGUUCGAAUCCCCGUGGCGGGGUGAGCUCCUGUCGUUCGGUCCCAGCUCCUGCCCACCUAGCAGUUCGAAAGCACCCUUAAGUGCAAGUAGAUAAAUAGGUACCGCUUUAUAGCGGGAAGGUAAACGGCGCUUCCAUGCGCUGCGCUGGUGCUGGCUCGCCAGAGCAGCUUCGUCACGCUUGCCACGUGACCCGGAAGUGUCUUCGGACAGCGCUGGCCCCCAGCCUCUUAAGCGAGAUGAGCACGCAACCCCAGAGUCGGUCACGACUGGCCCGUAUGGGCAGGGGUACCUUUACCUUUACAUUGAUUAUUGCCUUCAUUUUAUGGAUCAAUGGUCUCAUUACAGUAAAAUUCCUGUUAAAUUGCUGUUUUAGGGGGUGUUUUUCAUUGUCUAGAAUGGAUCAAUCCAUUUUCAAAUACUUUCUAUGGGAAAGUGCGCCUUGUUUUAAGUCUGCUUUGUUUUAAGACCGGACUUCUGGAAUGGAUUAUGGUCUUAAAUCAAGGUACCAAUGUAUAUAAAUCCUGUUUUAAAACAGCUGAACUGGUUGCACAUUUGUCUUCGGGGCCCAAUUCAAAGUGCACAUAUUGGUGAUUGAAGCUUAUUGUUCUAAGGAGAGGAUCUUUAUCUGUUGUGAGAAAUCUCGCCCAGGCUACGGGCUCUACCUUGUGUUGACCUCCCUCUAGACACAAGGCUGCAUAGGGUACACAACGUGGGACAGCAAAAAUCUUAAGAAGGAAAGCUGCCUGCACUCAUUCUACCAGCUGGGUAAACCCUGGCAGCCAGACUGGAAUUCCGUAGAGCAAUUGAGCUAUAACUUUGGCGUUGAAGACCUUGAGGGCAGAGGGGAUAUGCGAAUUACCUCUUGUUAUAAAGAUAUGCAUUAUGGCCUACAUAGAUAAGGUACAACAACUUGGGCUGUCAGUGGAAUUUUUAUGAUCAAUGUCUGCACCAUCUACCAAGGCUAUAAUAAAAACUAGGUUGUGGGACAUUGAAUGCCAGGAACUAACAGCAGCAGCAGAGAAAACAUGUUCCCCUCUUAACUUUCAACUUUCUUGGGCACAUGAAAUUAACCACAAUUAUCUUGAAUUUUUGCUUAAUCCUCAAGAAAGAAGGGCAGGUUUAAUUCAAAUCCUUCAAACCUCCUAUGGGGAAGGUUCUUGGGAAUGGUGGAAGGAGAAAGAAUUUGCCAAUGUGAAGACCAUCAGGUGGAAACUCUUACAGAUAUGGUUCUUAAAUAUAAACUAUAUGUUGAUCUCCACCAGCAGUUCCUAGAUCAACUCUGCAUCCCCAAAUGGAAACCAGAGUUAGAAGUCCUACAUUUUCUAUUAUUGGGGAAUAAUCAGGAGCUCACCAAGUUAGCAGCUAAAUAUCUUUAUCUGAUUUUUUUGUCAUCGAAACACAUUGCAGAUGUCUGAUCUCCCUGGAGACCUAGAGAUGUAAUGUUAGACUGCUUUGCCUCUUUCAUUUGACAAACGUUUUGUGUCACUGGGAAGGUGGUAAUUCCGUAUUGAUUUGCUAUGGAUGUUUGUACGUGAUGCCAAUAAAGGGUUUGAUGAUCUUGAUUGUCUCUAUCUAGACCCUUGCCCGAUACCCAAUCACCAUUUUCUGCACAGCUCCUACAGGAUUCCGUAUGUUGGUGCAGCAGGAUCUUGCCAGGUACUUUUCACUGGGCUAACUGGUAAAAGGGGAAAUGUCCUGCGUGAGCUGAUGGGUGCCUUCCAGAUUGUUGCCCUCAGGAGGGUUUGUGUCCCUCGCGCUGAUUGGGAUUCCCCGUCCCAAGGGUCGGAGCUCAGAAGUGGAGCAUCUGCUUUGCAUGCAGAAGGCCCCAAUCCCCAGCAUCGGCAAGUAGGGCUGGGAGACACCCCUGUCUGAAACCCUGGAGAACUGCUGCCAGUCAGUGAAAACACUACUGAGUGAGAUGGACCAGUGGGCUGGCUCUGUUAAGGCAGCUCUCUAUGUUCAGUAACUUCCUGUAGAGUAAAUAGGGGUUUUUUUCCAGAUAGUGCUGUGUUUCCAUUAUAAAUCAUGGAAGUUUUGGGGAGAGUAUGGCUGAGUGAGCAGGAACACUUCCCACUGCAACAUUUCCCACUGCAGUCAUGGGUGUCCAUGGGCGGGGCGGGCAGUUGCUGCUCCUGGAUGAAUCAUAACCCCUCGGUUACUACCUUUCAUUUUUUAAAAAAAGAGUAAAUGCAUAGAACCUGAGACAAAACAUACAGACAGCAUUCUCUCUCUCUCUCUCUCUCUCUCUCUCUCUUUAAAAUUAGCCUGUUCCUCGCUUUCAGUUUCACUUUGUCUGCCCGCUACCCCUGCCUUGAAAAAUUAUUGUAGGCACCCAUGGAUGCAAGCCUCACUUGUGGGUUUACUAAUUGUCGCCAUUUCUUAUCAAGCUACAAAUUCCUAAGCCUGGAGCAUUGUGUGACAGGAGGGGAACCGCUCAACGCAGAGGUGCUGCAGCGAUGGAAAACCCACACAGGGGUGGAUAUCUAUGAAGGCUAUGGACAAACAGAAACAGUAUGUUUAUCUUCAUUCUGGCAUGGCUGUGCAUCUGGCAAACUCACCACAAUGCAGUUGAUAGAUCUUUUAAAUCAAGGGUGGUGUGGGGAAGGCCUUUUCAGCCCAGCCUUUUCUGAGAAAACUUCCGGGGGCUGCAUGCCAGUGGGCUGAGUAUGAAACACAAAAAUUGCCUCUGUAUAUAUACACUUCUGUAGCCCUUUUGCUCCCAGACAAAAAACUGCGUCUAUCUAUAUUUCCUAUCUGUUUUUGUUUUGAAGCAGCCGGGGGAGUAAAGGCUUGCAUUUGGGAAUUCAGGACUCUGCAUGACAAAGUGAGAAGCCCUGAUGGCUUAAGGGUUUUCGUGAUGGUCCUGACAUUUUGGGGGCGAUUGGAGACUAGGCAAUAUUUUCUGCUCAAGCAGCAAUGGAGAGGGCUUAUUACCCUCCCAAACUAGUGAAAACUCCCAAAUGUUAUUUGGCUUUGUUUUUUCUCUCUCUGCUCUUACAGGUAGCCAUCUGUACAAAUGUUAAAGGAAUGAAAAUCAAACCGGGCUCCAUGGGAGUGGCGUCUCCACCGUAUGAUGUCCAGGUACAAGGACGAAUAUAAACUUACCAGACUGGUGUCUGUCUGAAGACUGGGCAACCUGUUUGUUGAGCUCUCACCUUGAUUUGUUUGUACAGAGUUUGCAGGGAGGUUUAAUGAUGUCCGCUGUUUACUGAGUAUUUGUUCUACUUUGCUGUGAGGUGGUUGGGCAACACUGCAUCAAGGAAGUCCCACAUUUUCAAGUGUAUCUUCCUGUCACUUUCCUUACUUCCAAAACUGAUUUGGUGGGGCGGGAAUGGGUUUCUAAAUUGUAUUCCAUAGAACUUAAUGGAAAUCACUGGGAACGUAUUCCCACCAUCACUAAUCUAAAUAUUCUAAUUCAUUUCCCAUUUCUUGAUAUACUGGCCUAUAAUGGAACCCUGGGAGCAAGCAGAGAUAUCUAUCUUAAUGAGAGCCAUUGAGAACCGAGCCAAACCAUGAAGUGUACCAUUGUUCGUGGAGAUAUGUGUGUGACUUUUAAAUCAACACUGGUUGGCUGAAACAAUAUAAGCUUUUUUUUAUCUUUUGCUUCUACAGAUUGUGGAUGAUGAAGGCAAAAUUCAGCCUCCGGGGGUAGAAGGGGACAUUGCUAUCAGAGUCAAGCCAAAGCGACCAUUUUGCCUUUUCUCACGGUACUUAGUAAGUAUUAUUUUUAGCACGUCAAUAACGUUCUGAUAGAUAGAACAGCUUCACUUUGCAACCAAGCUGAGGACAUCAGUUGCAUUUAGCUCCAGGUCUAGAUUUUUGCUAUGUUACAGGGUCCAGUGGUAGUACAACAUGCAGUGUAUUAAGGUUGGAUAUGGAUCUAAUUGCAUGCUAAUCUAAGGUUCAAUCCCCAGUGUCUCUAGAUAAGGCUAGAAGAGAUCUCUGUCUGAAACCUUGGAGAGCUUCUGCCAAUCAGUGGAGACAAUACUAAGCUAGGUGGAUCAAUAACCUGAUCCUAUUAUAAGGGAGUUUCCUUUGUUCCUGAUGCUCACAGACAUGUAGUUCUGCAAACUUGGCUGUUGUCAGGGGUGGGUGUUAUCAGGCAGCUGACAAGGCCCACAUCCCAGCAUGGGACCCACUGCCAACUCUAUUCGUCCUCCUGGCUCUGCUCCUCCUCUGCCUUGCUGUUUCUGCUUCUUCACCUGCCCUCUCCUGUCUUGACGAGAGCAAGGAGUUUGAGCAGCAUCCUUUGCUCAUCUUGCCCUCUUCCCUUUGGGUGGUGGUUUGGUUUAGACUCUGGUGGACAGUACAAGCAAAUAGGCUGCAGAGGUAGCAAAGAGAAGGAGGGAUGACCCACUCAGGGAAGGAAGGAAGGGAGAGCCUCUCAUUCAAGGGCUCACUGAGAUCUGGAGUCAGCAUUUUUUGUGGCAGUAAUCAAACCAAGAGCAAAUCACCUUGCUCUUUUGUCUUGGGGAACCAUUGCCAAAAGGGACAGACCAGCAGGCAUUGGUGAAAACAUAUUGAACGAUGUUUGGUUGUUGUCAGGAUAACCCUGAGAAAACCGCAGCCACCGAGCGUGGUGAUUUUUAUGUCACUGGAGACAGAGGGAUUAAAGAUGAAGAAGGCUAUUUCUGGUUUGUCGGAAGAUCAGAUGAUCUGAUUAAUUCUGCCGGGUAGGUUCAGUUCGGUUGGCUUUCCCCCUUUGACCUGUGCUAUUAAGCGACAAAAGGCGCAGGAGUGACAUCCCCUUCCUUCUGUCUCUUAGGUAUCGUAUCGGCCCAUUUGAAGUGGAGAGCGCCUUGAUAGAGCACCCAGCUGUGGUGGAAUCGGCUGUGGUCAGCAGCCCAGAUCCCGUGAGAGGAGAGGUAACAGAGAUUCAGGCAGCCAACACAUUCUGCAACACAUGAUACUCAGCAGCAGAAAGCCACAUGCAGUGCGCUUGCUUGGGGAACAUGUCAUAAAUCUUGACACAUCGCAGCGGUACAGAUGGUGCUGUAUUUCAGACACAUGCCUGAGCAGGGGAGGUAUAAAAAUGUUCUUGGUGGGCAAACUCACCUCGGUUCAUUUGGCUGCAAAAAGAAAAGUGAAAAAAACAGUUGCAUCCCCAAAGCCCAGUUUUUGACGUUACCAGGAUCACAGUGGGAUCUAAAUAUCCCCUCGAGAUCCUGACAAUUUCCAUGAGUUCCUAAAUCCUCUUCUCUUCCUGCUCGCUCAUUCCUAUGGCUAACCCAACAUUUAAGGAUUAAUCUAUGUGUGCUUCCAGUUCUAUAAGUAAGGAUCUGCCUGCUGCUAAAACAGCAACAUUCAUACUCAGCGGGCUCAGAGAAACCCCCAAGGUUUGCAGGCAUACAAAACAUUUAGGGGUGAAUCCAAAGUGGGGGAAAACCUUUUGAGGACUGAGCAUGCUUAGUGGGAAGUAGAAUGGAAUUCAGUACCUUGAAAAUGGCAUGGUCAGCUGGAACUCUGAACAGGAGCACAGAGCGCUCCACACAGCAGUAUUUUAUUUUGGCUAAUGAUCAAUAUCCUAUCCCAAUCACCCAGUCACACUGGUGCCUAUUUUUUCUUCUGAGUCGUUAAUGCAUAUAUGAUUGGCAUCCCAUAGGUGGUGAAAGCCUUUGUCAUCCUGUCUUCUGCCUUUUUAUCGCAUGAUCCAGAAAAAUUAAAAAAGGAGCUCCAGGAUCACGUGAAAAAGGUGACUGCUCCUUACAAGUAUCCUAGAAAGGCAAGUAUCUUCUUAGGUCCUAACAGGAAAAUUAAAAUGGGUUGUAGAUUCAUUGAAAUUGGAGAACAUGACUAAUUUAGACUCAUUGAUUUCAGUGUGUCUAUUGUGAAGAGGAAUUGACUGUUUUUUAAAUUGUUUUGCAAACUCUGAGCUGCUGUGGUAAUGAAUUAGUCCAAGGCUGCAAAAAAACUGAGAUGCACUCUCAUUUUUUGCCUACCCAGGUUGAGUUUGUCCGGGAGUUGCCCAAGACGGCAGCAGGGAAAAUCCGAAGGAACGUAUUAAGGAACCAAGAAUGGGGAAGAGUGUAG